ACUUUUGUCCUAGCAAUGACAAGUGAAAUCGCAAAAGUGAUUAUUGGGACCACCGCAGGAGUAGGACUGGCGCUCUACGGUGUCCCGGCAUGUGUCUCUGCGCUGGGGUUUACGGCGGCCGGCAUCGCCGCAGGGUCCAUAGCUGCCAAGAUGAUGUCGGCGGCUGCCAUAGCCAACAACGGAGGAGUGGCUGCCGGCAGCAUCGUGGCCGUGCUGCAGUCGGUCGGAGCCGCGGGACUCCCUGUUGCUGCCAAAAUUGGGCUGUCCUCAACCCUGGGGUGGCUCGGUGGUCAAGUUGGAGCCCUGUUCUUCUAGGGGAGCACAGCUCCAGGUGGCAAACCCAAGGAAAGCCAGGAGGAAGGGGAUGGCGCCAGGAAGCACCCUGCCAACGCACCAGCUCCUCUGCAGCCGCGCAGGGAGCUGCCGACCCGCUUGAGCACUGAGCACAUGGGAAGUAAUAAAAAUGGCUUUGCAGGA